AUGGCUGCAUCAACACUCACCCUCCGAUGCUCUCCCAGGAUACUUUUGCAGGCUGCUCCGAGCUCUGGCUUGACGAGCGGAGUCGCGCAUAGGAUACAACAUGCCUCCCUCCGACCCCUACCAAUGCUCUCCGCCCUCAGCCGUUACUAUGCCUCGAAAUCCUUCCCUCCCCAUACUGUCAUCAGCAUGCCUGCGCUCUCACCGACAAUGACUGCAGGAAAUAUCGGCGCGUGGCAGAAGGCCCCCGGCGAAACUUUGGCCCCCGGCGACGUGCUCGUUGAGAUUGAAACAGACAAGGCUCAGAUGGACUUUGAGUUCCAAGAAGAUGGUGUACUGGCCAAGAUCCUAAAGGAGACUGGUGAGAAGGAUGUCGCAGUUGGCAACCCUAUUGCGGUCAUGGUCGAAGAAGGCGAAGAUGUCUCCGCUUUCGAAAACUUCACACUUGAAGAUGCUGGCGGUGAGAAAGCUCCGGCCAAAGAAGCACCUAAGCAAGAGGCGUCCGAAGCCAGCGAAGCCCCUUCGUCAGAAUCGGGCAGUGCUCCCUCCAAGAGCGAGCCCUCCACUCCUCCACCGGAAGAAACGAGCAGCAGCAGCGGUCGUUUGGAAUCCGUCCUAGACCGCGAGCCGUCCAUCAGCCCAGCCGCAAGGAGGCUUGCGCUCGAGAAGGGCGUGUCCAUCAGUUCACUCAAGGGCACUGGUCGCGGAGGUGCUGUCACCAAACAGGAUGUUGAGAAAGCCCAGUCAGGUGGUGGAGCUGCGGCACCGGCAGCCGUCGCUGCAGGUGUGCCUACAUACGAGGACAUUCCUGCCAGCUCCAUGCGCAAGACGAUCGCCACACGGUUGAAGGAUUCGAUGAACCAGAACCCCCACUACUUCGUCUCCACUACGCUCUCUGUUACGAAGCUGCUGAAACUGCGGGAGUCGCUCAAUGCUUCUGCAAACGGUGCUUAUAAGCUUUCGGUCAAUGACUUCCUGAUCAAGGCUUGCGCCAUCGCUUGUCUAAAGGUUCCGGCUGUCAACUCAAGUUGGAGAGAAGUCAACGGUCAAACAGUCAUCCGCCAGAGCAAUGUUGUCGAUGUGUCUGUUGCUGUGGCUACUCCUGUGGGCCUUAUGACUCCUAUCGUCAAGAACGCCCACAGCAUCGGCCUCACCUCCAUCUCGAAUCAGGUCAAGGAUUUGGGUAAGCGGGCACGUGACGGCAAGCUCAAGCCGGAGGAGUACCAAGGAGGAACGUUCACUAUCAGCAACAUGGGCAUGAACGCUGCGGUCGAGAGGUUCACUGCCGUCAUCAACCCACCCCAAGCGGCCAUUCUAGCUGUGGGCACCACUCGAAAGGUCGCCAUACCUGUGGAGACAGAAGAUGGAACACUGACCGAGUGGGAUGACCAAAUCAUUGUCACCGCCAGUUUCGACCACAAGGUUAUUGAUGGUGCUGUUGGUGGUGAAUGGAUUCGGGAGCUGAAAAAGGUGAUAGAGAAUCCUUUGGAGUUGAUGCUUUAA